AUGCGUGGAAACAGGGGACGUUAUAACAACCAACGAAAUAGAAGAGACUAUGGAAGAAGAAGUGGACAGGAUGCGCAAAAUUUAAGGCAUCUUCAACAUUAUACAUUACGAGAUCAGUAUUAUUAUGACUAUGAUUAUAAUUACAGCCACUACAAUAGCAACACGCAUAAUUAUCAUUGGCAAGAAGAUAGUGUUUAUGCAAAUGGUGCUGAUAUUUACCCAGGGAAUGAACCAUAUGCUCAAAGAAGGAAAAGGCCAUACGUUGAAGACGUGCAGCACACAAAGAGAAUUCGUUCUGACGCUUUGCAGCAGAACAAUAAGUCUCAAAGAGAUGGAGAAGCUAAAACUGAGGAAGUGGAAAAUGUGAAGAGUACCGAGCAAGGUCAUAUAAAUGAGAAUAAGACGGAUAAUGAAGGGAAAGGUUCAUCAAUUACUUCUAAAAUUUAUCAGGGAUUUCAGAGCAUAAAGAGCCUCUUAUUGAUGGGCAAUAGUGGGAUCCUUAAGGAGAAUCAUUCUCUCCCCAAACCGGACGUUGUGAGUGGCACCACAAAGGAAAUAAAUGAAGAUGAAAAGACACGUUUGAUUGAACUUCCUGAUAAAGUGAGGAAGUUAUUCUCCAAUUCACAGUUGAUCUUCCGAUAUGACACAUCAAUUCACAACGAAACUACCAUCACCGAUCCAGGCUACAAAUCAUUUAGCGAGCUGAACAUUUUUAUGUUUGACCAUACAAUGGUUUCCACUGUAUUUCCAAACUCAGAAUUAUACACACAACAAUCGUUAGAUAGGAUUACAACCUAUAGCAGUACCGGCUUGAAUUGGUAUACUGACAUUGUCCCCAAGUUUGAAUUGCUAUCUGCAUCGAAACCAAAUUUGUUUGAGGAUAUCAGUCUACAUUACAACUGGACAUACACUUUACUGAAGUUAGUUGAAAACGCAAGCUAUAGUCAGGCGCAGGGAAACAUACUUAUAAUAACCAGACCUAUCGAUAUUAGAGCUUUAAAUGAGGAUUUAAGGAAACUAAAGGAUAAAAAGGUGGAAUUUCAAUACAUUCUUGAUUUUACAAAAUCUAGAGUGGCAUACGAAAAUACAAUGCUCACUCUUCUCGAUGAGAUUUAUAAUCACAGAUAUGAAUGGUGUGAAUCUGUUCAAAGUGUGACACUUUUCACCCAUUUAAUUGACGAUAAUACAAACACAUCAAAAAAACUUAAUUCCAAAACGAGUAAGGUGAGAAUAGGAAUAGUCACAACAGCAAAAAAAUGCUAUUAUAUUGACAACCCUGAAAAGGAACUGCAACUUGUUAAGAAAGCAUCAAAAGACACAAGGGUAAAGUUAUCAAUCUCUUCAACAGGGGGCUGUUUUAGAAUUAUUUAUCCAGACAUGAUCAAAUUGGUUUCCUACUUGAAAUCAAAAGGAAACUUUCCUACUGCAGGUACAGACAACUAUCUUUUCAACUAUUCUGAAGUUGCAGUAACAUAUAAGAACAAACUACCGAACUUUCUGAUUGAUGAACUGAAUCUGUGCAACGCAUAUACUGGAUCGAUUUUGAACAUAGGAAAAAUUGAUAAAAUGUUAUACGUAGUCCAAUUUAUCAUGUCAACGGAGAACAACACGUGGGAGUACGAUUCGCCAGUUAUGAUAGUUGCCAGGAAUAAAUCCAUUCCGUUAUCGAAUGUUAAAGAUUUACUCAAACAAGUAGAUUGGACAUUGAGCGACUAUAAUGAGGGGUUCACCUUUAGGUUUCAGUCAAAGAAUAAAUUGAAGCUUUUCUGA